UAUCUUAUCAAAGAUGAAUUAUUAUAUAAUAAUUUUUAAUUUAUUAAUAUAUUUAAUUGUCAAUGGUCAUUCAAUUGAUUCAAUAAUCUCACAAGACAUUGAUAAUAUUAUAGCUGCAAAAAAUAAAACAACUGAAAGUUUUAAAAAUGCGUUUAAUAAUAUUAACAACAAUAAAAAGAAAAAAUGUUUUGAUGAAUCAAUUGAAAAAUUAGAAGAUAUUACAGGUGAGGCUAAAAUAUACUAUGAAACUUGUGAGAUGAGCAAGAAAAUAGAAUUAGAAAAACACUCAAAUAUACAGACAAAAGAAAAAAUUAAAAUUCAGGCAAGAACCAAUGUUUUGUAUAAUGAUUAUUAA